ACGCGGCUGUGCGACAUGGCACAGCUUGAGGGCUACUACUUCUCCGCAGCCUUGAGCUGUACCUUCCUGGUGUCCUGCCUGCUCUUCUCCGCCUUCAGCCGUGCCCUGCGCGAGCCCUACAUGGACGAGAUCUUCCACCUGCCGCAGGCGCAGCGCUACUGUGAGGGCCGCUUCUCCCUGUCGCAGUGGGAUCCUAUGAUUACUACAUUACCUGGCCUGUACCUGGUGUCAGUAGGAGUUGUCAAACCUGCCAGCUGGAUCCUUGGAUGGUCUGAACAUGUUGUCUGUUCCAUUGGAAUGCUCAGAUUUGUCAAUCUUCUCUUCAGUGUUGGUAACUUCUAUUUGCUGUAUUUGCUUUUCAGAAAGGUACAGCCCAGAAAUAAGGCUUCUUCAAGUAUCCAGAGAAUCUUGUCAACAUUAACCUUGGCACUAUUUCCGACUCUCUAUUUCUUUAACUUUCUUUAUUAUACAGAACCAGGGUCUGUGUUCUUCACUCUGUUUGCUUACUUGAUGUGUCUUUAUGGCAAUCAUAGGACUUCAGCCUUGCUUGGGUUUUGUGGCUUCAUGUUUCGACAGACCAAUAUCAUCUGGGCAGCUUUCUGUGCGGGACAUAUCAUUGCACAGAAGUUCAGUGAAGCCUGGAAAACUGAGCUGCAGAAGAAGAAGGAAGAGAGGCUUCCCCCAAUUAAGGGACCAUUUUCAGAACUCAGAAGAGUUCUUCAGUUUCUCCUGGUAUAUUCCAUGUCAUUCAAGAACCUAAGUAUGCUUUUCUUGUUGACCUGGCCCUACGUCAUUCUGCUGGUUGCAUUUUUUGUUUUUGUAGUAGUUAAUGGUGGGAUUGUUAUUGGCGAUCGGAGUAGUCAUGAAGCCUGUCUUCAUUUUCCCCAGUUAUUCUACUUUUUCUCCUUUACUGUUUUUUUCUCCUUCCCUCACCUACUGUCUCCUACAAAAGUCAAGACUUUUCUUAGUUUAAUAUGGAAACGUAGAGUUCAGUUCUCUGUGAUUAUGUUAGUCUCAGUACUCUUGGUUUGGAAAUUCACUUACGUCCAUAAGUAUUUACUGGCAGACAAUAGGCAUUACACAUUUUACGUGUGGAAAAGAGUAUUUCAGAGACAUGAAGUUGUGAAAUAUUUAUUAGUUCCAGCUUACAUGUUUGCUGGUUGGGCCAUAGCUGACUCUCUGAAAUCAAAGUCAAUUUUCUGGAAUUUAAUGUUUUUUGUAUGCGUGGUCACUUCUACAGUUCCCCAGAAACUACUAGAAUUCCGUUACUUCAUUUUACCGUACAUUAUUUAUAGGCUCAACAUACCUCUGCCACCUGUAUCCAGACUUGUUUGUGAACUGGGUUGCUAUACAGUUGUUAAUUUUCUAACUUUUUAUAUUUUCCUGAACAAGACUUUUCAGUGGCCAGAUAAUCAGGAUGUUCAAAGGUUUAUGUGGUAAUGGCAGGAAUAGUUUGAAUUUUAAAAGUAGACUAUUUCUACAACAAAUAACUGGGUAAGUAGAAGUGGAAUUCCUUUUAGGUAAAUUCAGGGAAGUUGAAUGAAAAGCAUUAAGUUUGAGACCAGCCUGAACAAUAGUUAUAAAGUUGCUUACCGUUGUCUUGUGAAGCACUGGCACUGCCUGUGUCUCCAAAGUUUAGGAACUUUCCUGGGUGUGCACACAUUGAGGGGAUUUGGUAAGGUCGGAAGCACUAGAACCAAUCUAUAGAUUUUCUUUUGUAAAGGAUUUGAAAAAUGUUUACAAGUGACCCAGCAGUAUUUCUGAAUAAAAUGGACAGAUAUUGCAGUAAAUAUAACUCUAUGGACUUACAGACAUAGCAAAUCAUGAACUGGGGGCUUUGAGAUGUUUACCUAGGAAUCAAAUUUCUAAAUUUAAAAUGCAGAAGUGAUACAGCCAUUUGAAUUAAUUCCUCAUUUGAUGUUUAUACAGGCCAAAGAUAGACUGUUAAAUAUAACAUCUUUUAUAAAUGACCUUUCUGAAAUACAUUGUUCUUUAGUUACCUAGGGUUCCUGUACAAAAAUUACCACAUACCUUGUGACUUAAACCUUUCCCUCACAUGCUUACAGGCAGCAGCACCUAGACUCACAGUGUUGCCAGAGCUCAUUCCUUCAGGAGACUGGAGCCCACCGUCCCUGCUCAGCUCACUCCAGCAACUAUUUGGUAGGGCCUAAUAUUUGGACAGUAUCUUCCAGUCUUAC